AGGGUUAAGAGCGGGGCCUCGCGUCUGAUCCCCGAAAUCUCGCGAUGCUUGGGACGGUACUCUUCCUGAGGGCGUCACAGGCGCCGGCUGCGGGGUCCGGGCGGCCGGGCUAGGGGCGGAGCUGGGAGAUGGCGUCCGGAGCGGCUCGCUGGCUGGCGUUGGCGUCCAUCCGGUCCGGCGCUUUCCGGAGCAGACCGAGCUUGAGGAAAGGUGGCGAUGUCUCUGCCGGAGGGGGUGGCUCAGGUCGGAGCCUGGUACCGUCGAGGUCAGUCAUCGUUACUCGCAGCGGCGCCAUUUUGCCCAAACCGGUGAAAAUGUCCUUCGGCCUUCUCCGCGUGUUCUCCAUCGUGAUCCCCUUCCUCUAUGUCGGGACGCUCAUUAGCAAGAACUUUGCAGCUCUACUUGAGGAGCAUGACAUUUUUGUCCCAGAGGACGACGAUGACGAUGACUAACAGGACAUGGAGGAAGUACAGGAAGGAGACAGCUCUAACUUAAGUAAGAUCCGGUGAUGCUCAUAGCGUCUCCUACUUCCCCCACAGCAGAAGGGCCCAGGGAAAGCCCUCAGCGUCCGAACCCCCAGGAAGCCUCCUGCACCGCCUGUGAGCAGACCCUAGAUCCGCAGGCUCUGGGACGGUCCCAAACGUGUGCUGUCCGCUGAGCACAGUCAACAUGAAUAAACAUAAUAAACAUCAUCGCUGUGUGACUGA